UGGCAUUUGUUUAUGGAACAAGAAUUAUAUUUCACGAAAAUUUGCUAGUAAUUGGACUUAUAAUUUUUGUCGAGUCCUGUGAGUACAUUUGCCUAAUGGACAUUUUCUACAUCCACUUUCCGGUUUUCUGCUUGCUGCAACCAUUCUGGAAAAUUGUUUGCAGUGUUGUAUUUGAUCCAGGAGAUAUUCUAUUUUUACGGGGUGCAGAUGUUAUCAAUAUUUGGAGUGGAUCAACAGUUGCUUCUUCUGCAGAUGUAAAAUCCAACAUCUGGGCAAAAAGAGUCUCCUUCUGCGUCGAUGAUGAUUUUGUAGUGUUUAAUUCAAGCUCUGGUCGAAAUAUAUUAAUCAAAACAUAUCUACUUUCUCGCGUCGUACAGUUGGUUGCUAUACCAUUCGCGUAUUCUUUUAGCAAAGAAUUUUAA